GGACACGUGUGUGGCUCACUGUCACGAGACAAUGAGUCACUGUCAGUUUAAAGAGCCUCAGUUUCAUUUCUGCUUUCAGUCCAGCAGCUGACACACAGACGAUGAACCAACAAACCAACAAGAACCCGACACAGAAGGCCGUCCUGCCUCAGGUCUGGUACCACCCCACCAUCCAGAACGGAGAACCAGCUAGAACCGGAACCAGACAAACCCACAAGACCAGGCCUGGAGCUCAGACUGGGACUAAAGUGGUCCAGAACAACCAGGAUGCUGAUGGUAUAGCACCUGAGGUCCGGUACCACCCCACCAUCCAGACCGGAGAACCAGCCAGAACCAGAACCAGACAAACCCACAAGACAAGACAGAACAACCAGGAUGCUGAUCGGACCGGUCCGGCCGAUCCAGAUCCGAGGCAGAAACAGGAACAGACGAAGGAAGUGGAUCAGAGAGCUGCUACGGAUCCAGAUCCUCCCACACCGGACCAGGUCCCUCUAGGUCUGGCUGUUGGACUGGACAGGUGUGUGGUGGAGCAGGUGGAGGUUCUGACCCGCGGACAGAGCACCAACCAGGACUGGUUCGCCUGGAGGAAGAACCGGAUCACGGCUUCUAUGGCUCACCGCAUCGCUCACUGCCGCUUCGUUCAUGGGAAGACCAAAACCCCGCCCCCCUCCUACAUGUCCUCUAUCACAGGUGAGGGGCGGAGCAUCCAGACCAGAGCCAUGAGCUGGGGGGUUCAGAUGGAGGCGGAGGUGGUCCGCAGGUACCAGACUCUGAAGACGGCAGCGCUGCGUUUCUCCGUCUCCGUUCAGGACUGCGGUCUUUUCAUCGACGCUCGGCGCUCCUGGUUGGCUGCCAGCCCCGACGGCAUCGUGACGGACAGCCGGACCGGCCAAUGGCUGCUCUGCUUGGAGGUUAAGUGUCCCUACAAACACAGACACAGACGGGUGGAGGACGCCUGCAGGGACGACCCCGCCUUUUGUCUGGAGAUACGGGACGAGGACGGACGGUCUCCGGUCUACCGUCUGAAGACCUCUCACAGUUACUUCACUCAGAUUCAGUGUCAGCUGGCGGUGACCGGCCUGCGGCGGGCCGACCUCGCCGUCUUCACCCUGAAGGAGAUCGCCAUCGUCCCGGUGACCUUUGACCCCGACCUGUGGGAGGAGACGGUGUCCAAGCUGGAGACGUUUUACAGGGACGCCGUCCUGCCUCAACUGAGACAGAAGACACAGCUGGACACACCUGAGCUGUAGAGAGAACGACCCCUGUCCUCUCUGUGGAGGGGUUACCAUGGUAACGCUGCUUCUGUCCUCUCUGUGGAGGGGUUACCACGGUAACGCUGCCCCUGUCCUCUCUGUGGAGGGGUUACCACGGUAACGCUGCCCCUGUCCUCUCUGUGGAGGGGUUACCAUGGUAACGCUGCCCUGGUCCUCUCUGUGGAGGGGUUACCACGGUAACGCUGCCCCUGUCCUCUCUGUGGAGGGGUUACCAUGGUAACGCUGCUUCUGUCCUCUCUGUGGAGGGGUUACCACGGUAACGCUGCCCCUGUCCUCUCUGUGGAGGGGUAACCACGGUAACGUUGCCCCUGUCCUCUCUGUGGAGGGGUUACCACGGUAACGCUGCCCCUGUCCUCUCCAUGGUAACUCUCUCUCUCUCCUGUUUCCUGUCUGUCUACUUCUGAAUAAAAACAUCUUUAAAAGAAAACAA